AUGACGAUGGCGUUCUUCGCUCUCUCUUCAUCUCUCUCUUCUUCUGCUUCUUCUUCUCUGUUCUGCCGCAAUUAUCGCAUUCCUUCUAUCCGUUCGUCUUCCGUGUCCCGUGUUUCUUAUCUUAACGGCGGGAAGCUCACACUAGCUCCGCCGCAGGUUUUAAAUGCCGGCGCGACUCUCCGUGGUUUUGGGGUUCCGGGUAAGUUUCCGAGUGUGAGACUUGGGGUCUCGACGAGGUGCGAGAAAGAGGAUGCGCCGAAUGAUGGCGUAAAGGAUGAGGAUGAAGCGGAGCGAUUCGCGAGGCGAGAGAGCACCAUGCCUGAUAGAUUCAGAUACUUGACCAAAGAAGCUCCGGAUAGUCCAAUCAUAUGGCCAUGGUUUGUUGCGCUUGGAUUUCUCGUGUAUGCGUGGAGAGCAGUCUUGUUUGAGCUAACCAACUGGAGAAAAGCCGCUUUCGCUAUCAUUGGAUUUCUUGGAGACCUUUCGAAGUUCGCAUUAGCGCUCGUCUUCCAUUUCAUAGGCGAUCCCAUCACGUCUCUCAUCGCUCUGUUAGAGACAGCAAUCUACAGUUUGCGAGCGUUCUACUCCGGGAUUGUGGCUUACACGCCUGUGAGAGAGUUAACCACAGUGAUCCUUCUUGCAUCAUCCGUUCUUGCGAUAGGAGAAGCAGUAGCGCCGAACUCGAUCAGCAAGCAGCCGUAUGUGGUGACUCUCGCGGGUCUCUUGGGGUACGCAGCUGUGCAGAGUUAUAUCUCUGAGCCGUUCUUCUGGACUGUUUUGGUUGGUCUGUAUGGUUAUUCUCGGUUGGUGAGGAAGAGAGACGAUGUGACCGCGGCGCUUCCUUCUGCAGCUGUUUUGGCAGGAGUUGGUGAGCCGUGGGUGAGAGUUGUGGCUAUCGCAGGGUAUUUGGCUCUAGCUAUGUAUCACAAUUCGACUAAGACGGCCUCAGAAGAUGAAGAGAGACAGAACUUGAGGAAGGCACCACCAAUGCCGUUGUUAGCUGCAGCAUUAGCCAUUGGCGUCAGGCUUGCUGCGAAAUGGGCUGGUUACAGACACUUGACUUGGAUGAUCGUUUAA